UGUAUUGUGGGUGUCCAUACCUGAGCAGAGAGACAGAAACGCAGACAUGAAGACGCACACGUUUUUGUCCAUAACUCUGCUGGGCCUGCUGCUGUGGGCCUCCUGCACCCGGGCCGACGACACAGACGCCAAACAGGCAGAAACACAAGAAGACACAUCGGAGGAGAACUCAGAAGAGACUCCAAGAGAGGAGGAGGAGGAGGUCGAAGAGGCACCAAAGAAAGAGAAAACAACGGAGAUAGAGGAGGAGAAAGAUGUGAUGGUUCUCCACAUCAACAACUUUGCCAGAGCUCUCAGCGAGAACCAGUAUGUACUGGUUGAAUUCUAUGCCCCCUGGUGUGGCCACUGUCAAAAGCUGGAGCCUGCUUACGCCGAAGCUGCUGCCAAGUUGAAGGAGGAGGCAUCAACGAUGCGUUUGGCCAAAGUGGACGCCACAGAGGAGACAGAGCUGUCCGAAGAGUUUAACGUCAUGGGCUUCCCCGCUCUGAAGCUGUUCGUAAACGGAGACCGCAAGAAUCCUGUGGACUACAAUGGUAAGAGGUCAGCAGAGGGAGUAGUCGACUGGAUAAAGCGUCGUGCCGGCCCCGGUCCUGCAGCGCUCGACUCUGCAGACUCUGCGGCUCAGUUCAUCGACUCCCACAACAUCACUGUUGUAGGAUUCUUUGAUGAUCUGGAAAGCAAGGCCGCCAAGGCGUUCAAGGAGGUUGCUAUGGAUGUUACGGACACAGAGUUUGCUGUGUCAGCGAGUCCAGAGGUUUUCCAGAAGUAUGAAGUAAAAGCCAACUCAGUGGUGCUCUUCAAAAAGUUUGACGACGGCAGAGCAGACUUCUCGUUGUCAGAAGAAGGGAAGCUGGACAAAGAAAAGCUGAUCAGCUUCAUGAAGGAAAACAGCCUGGAGCUGAUCAUCCCAUUCAGCCAGGAGAGGGCAGAGAAGAUCUUCGGCGCCAGCGUCCAGCUGCACAGCCUGCUGUUCAUCAACUCCUCUGUGGAGAGUCAGACGACGCUGGUGGACGAAGCCAGGACCGUCGCCAGAGAGUUCAAGGGCAAGGUGCUGUUCGUUGUGAUUGACGUAACGGCAGACAUUUCUCAUGUGUUGAAUUACUUCGGCGUGUCUGCGAAGGACGCCCCCACCGUGCGUCUCAUCAACAUGGAAACAGGAAAGAAGUUCGCCAUCGCUGCCGGAGAUCUCACCUUAAAUUCACUGAGAGAGUUGUGCCAGGAAGUUCUUGGUGGCACUGCCAAGCCUUACUAUCGGUCUGAUGACAUCCCAGAGGACUGGAAUAAAGGACCAGUCAAAGUCCUGGUGGGGAAGAACUUUGACUCCGUUGCUUUGGACCCGACCAAAAACGUCUUUGUGGAGUUCUAUGCUCCAUGGUGUGGACACUGUAAGGAUCUGACUCCCAUCUGGGAACAGCUGGGCGAAAAGUAUGCAGACAAAGAUGACAUCAUCAUAGCCAAGAUGGACGCUACGACCAACGAGGUGGAGUCUGUUUCCAUUAAGGGAUUCCCGACGCUCAAAUACUUCCCAGCUGAAGGCAAAGAGGUGGUCGACUACACUGGAAACAGGGAUCUGGAGACUUUGUCUAAGUUCCUGGAUGAUGGAGGAGUGUUACCCGAGAAUGAAAGUGUUGAGGAGGAAGAUGAGGAUGACGAGAUAGUUGACGACGAUAGUGAUGAGGAGUCCAAUGAGUCUGCAGAGGUACCGACCAACAAAACGUCUAAAGAUGAGCUGUGAUGUCACUUUGCUUUUCGACCAAUCAGGAUCAACCUAGCGUCUUCCAUUUUUUCUUAAUAAAAUUAAUUUGGGUUACAAACAUAACAUGACUACUUCAAAUGGGCUUUAAAGUUUAGAUUUGUCUUAAUGCUAAACCUGAUUUUCUGAAACACUGUGUGUAAAUAUUCUAUUUAAUUUCUCUAAAUGUCUAAAUGAAUUCAAUUCAAGAUACGUUUCUGUAACGAGUCAGUGACAUAGUUAAAGUUUGACUUGAUGACUUUUUUUAGUGAUUAAACAACAUAAAUGAAACAUAAAUAAGUUUACAAUAAAAGAUAUGU